AUGAACCCCGUCAGAGCCGCUAGAGCGUCCGAGCCAAGGGAUACCAACCGCCAAUGGGGAAUUGUGAUCCGUCUGCCGGCGUGUGCGGAAAAGGGACCUUGGGCCUUUGAGAUCUGCAUCGCCGUCGGCGUUGGACGUUCCAUCAUCGACAUUGGCUCGCGUCCUCCGUCCCAACCAAAAAUGUUCCGCACCAUCGUCCUCCUCACCCUCACCGGCCUCGCCGCCGCCGCCAUCUCGGUCGACGGCUCCUGCGGCGGCGCCAACAACGCCACCUGCCAGGGCAGCGAGUUUGGAGACUGCUGCUCCAUGUACGGGUACUGCGGCAAGACCACCCCCUACUGCGGCCAGGGCUGCAACACCAAGUUUGGCACCUGCGGCGGCCCCGGCGCCACCAACGGCACCGCCCUGCCCAGCGCCGAGGCCCCGGCCAAGUCCACCGCCGACGCCAGGCGCAGCAACAGGCCCGUCGUCGUCCGCCGCUCCCUGUAA